AUGGCCGACAAACUACGCGCACAGCAACAACUUGAAGCCCUCCAAGCUCGCUACAUCGGUAUCGGGAGCGCAGACACUACCAAGCACGAAUGGACAUCGAACAUUGCGCGCGACUCGCUGUCGAGCUAUGUCGGCCAUCCGCCUCUUCUACAGUACAUGAGCAUCGGCCUGGGACAGCCGCGCGAAAAGACUAGACUGCAGUUGCUUGAACGCAUGGUCAGGCCAGUUGGGCCGCCGCCUGAGUAG